AUUAACCAAUUGAAAUGACAAAAUAUUAGUAGUCACAUAGAGUCGAAUAAAGUGGCAGUAAAAUAGGAAGUAACCAUAGCGUACCUUACCAUUUUAACCAUAAUUGGCUUUGGCUUCUUUCUUCAUAGUAUUUUUAAAAAAAAAAAAAAAAAAUUCUUCUUCCGCUUUGCAUUUCACUCUUGCUUCCCAAGAUGUCAGAAACACCCUUCUAUCCCCGAGAAAAGCUUGCUGAGAAGCAAAAGUAUUUCCAGAGUGUUCACAAGUAUACACACCUGAAAGGUCCCGUAGACAAAAUUACCUCAGUUGCCAUUCCACUUGCUUUGGCAACUACAUCUAUCUUCAUGAUUGGAAGGGGGAUCUACAAUAUGUCCCAUGGCAUUGGCAAGAAGGAAUAAAUGGUGGCUUCUGCGCGAUCAUUCCUAGGGAAACUCAAGCAUAAAAGAGAUUUUUUCCGGAACAUUGUUUGCGUUUUUUCAGUUUGAAAUUUCUUGAUUUCUGUAGCUAAUAAUUGGUUAGAUGCAGAAAACACAGCGUAUCAUAUCAAUCGCUAAACACAUUGCUUUUCUGUUUUGGGUUUUACAUGCAUUUAUUGAGCUGGUGUAGAAAUCAGCUUUGUUUCAACUUUUUCCAUUCAGAAUAAACAAUGUGGAAAGUGCAAUUUCCAAAUCCUCAUAUAAGACAUGUCUCUCAAUUUUGGGUUA